CGAGGUUGUAAAGGUCAUAUCACCUCCAAUAGGGGAGUAUGAGACCAUCUUGUGAGUUUUUAGGUCCUCCGUCAAGAGCUCGAGUGAGCGCGUGAAAUCAGUCGACUUUUGUGGGGUGAGAAUGCGGACAUGAGCGUAUUAUUGGAAAGUUUACAAGUUUCUGGAGCGAUGCACGGAGAGGUCGAUCCGCAUCAACGAAAAUUCGAAGAAGGCGCGCACAAACGCUCGGGCGCUGAGCGCCAGGUGCACCAGGUCAUUUUUGUGAUGCAGAUACGCUAGGCUCAUAUCAGUUAUAUCCUUAUUUUGGUACAUACUGAAGUCGUCGAGGUCCAGGGGAUGAUGCCUAACACUUCAACGCGGCUUGAUCAUCGAAUCAGCGCGUAUAACGAAAUGGGAGAAAGAGUUAUUGAGUUGCAGCAGAAGCUCGGCAGCCUGUGAGGCCCGCAAGUAUCACAUCAAGAACUCGGGGAGAAGCUCGCUUCCAAGUCAAAACACUGCGAUGCGCUGCAGCAGCGACCAGAUGGACUUGAGCAACACGUUUUGAAGAAUAACGAGAUGCGUGAAGAGCGCCGGCAAUUCGACGAGCUGCGGAGUCAAUGGAAACUCAAGGAAGACGAGUACAUGAAAACGGAGUGUAAGCUUCGCCAGGAGCUGGAGCUGAUGACCAGUAAACGUCGAAUGUACGAACAGGUUCUUGGCUGGACCAACGUCACACCAGUCACACCGACACCUGUAACCAAGGAACCGUCUGCUCCGGCUGCACCUACGCUUGAUGCGUCAUGUUUCGCAGGACCCAGCGAAAAAUUCCAGGCCAUGUUGAAUCUCGCCGCUGCGCCUGGACUUACGGUGCCCCGUGAUCCAUGGUUCAAAAUCGUGGAUGAUGUACUUAGACACUCUUACCUGCCGCUCAACGGCCCGAAAGGACCCCACAAUCUGCCUCCUCACGUUAAGGCGCAUCUUGUGCCAGGAAGCGUCCUCUCCUGCAUAAACCGCAUGAUUUAUCCCUAUUUGGAAGGCUAUGCCUGUCUCAUCUCUCCAACGCACCGCUGUAAGGGCGCUGCCGCCCCCCACUGAGAGAGAUGCGCCCAUGAACGAGCUCAAGAAGCACGUCGGCGUGCGCAAAGAGGUAUUCUAUCACUCGGAGAACGGCAUCCACUAUGCGGGGACGUUCAUCGGUGUCGAAGUGGGUGACACUAGCAAGGAGGAGUACGCGCGUCUUCCAAGAAAUGUCAAAGAGGCCAUCCUGCGGCACACGUUCCCGUCAAAGGCCGACUUCCUCACGACGAAGCUGGACGCCGUGGAUCAUGUGCGCAACAUGUACUUCCUCGGUCACUUCAGGACGCAGUACCUAACGCUCAGGUAUAUCGGAUACAACAAACCGCUUGCGAACGCGCUCAUGGCCCUCGGAGCCGCCGAAGGCAAGAAGGCGGCGGCGGAGGCUGCCGCGGAGCCAUAGUAUGUACGGGAAAGAGCAGAGACGUCGCUCGAAGUCCGCAGCGCUAGGACGCCACACUCGGUAGACAAAAUGCGGGAUGACAGCGCGGAGCGUGUUGUAGACCGCCCCAGGGACUCGUCUUGCCCGGACAGCGCCGCAAGGAUACGACACUCGACAGAACGCACUCGGAGCUACUAUGAUGAGGAUCGGAGCUACUGGAAUGCAAACCGGAGCUACCAUGCUGACGAUUGCAUGGGUCACCCCCGGGGCCGGUGUCGCACUACAGACAGCUUGGAGCCUCGGCGCACGACAGACAGACCUCCAUGGAUGAGACCACGGCGCGCCGCACCAUAGAGUCUCCGCAAGCUGAACGUCCAACGAGUAACCUGCAUAUGCGGCGUCCGGUGGAGCUGCGCG